GAAUCCUUGCAUAUCAGCUGCUUAUAUGGCUUUAUCCAUACUACUAUGUUUCCAAAACAAAUAUAUCUGUCAUUUCGUUUCAAGGAUUGCGCGACAGUAGAGAGCGUUUUAGGACUUUUACCGCGGUUGCUGGGAUACAAACUCGAGAGCCCGCCCCAUUUUUCAAUAAGUACGUUUUGAUUGGUCGGUAUUCUCCUGCCGUCAAGGCGACACAGCUGCAACAGCGACGUGAAGCUGAAACAGUCACCGGACAACAUUUAUGUGGACCGGGAAAAGAUGGUUGCAUUAAAAAAAAUAAAUUAAUCAAUAUAUAAUGAUGUAACGCAUCCAACUCAGAUACUUUACACAGAGAGGGUCAUGCAUCUUCUUUGACUCCCUCAAGAUGGAUGAAAUUAUGGAUUCUCAAAGAAGUGUCAUUGGUGAGCUCAAGUCAGAGACGAAUGAUGUUCCACAAACAAAUGUAACGGAUGAAAAAGAAGAGCCAUUUUGUGGACAACAAAAGUAUGACACUACUAAUGACAUCAGUAAGACAUCAGAGAACACACAAGAUGAAGUAGCAUCUCAGAAUUUAAUGGACUGUGGGUCUUCAGGACAGCUGGAUGCAUGUGGCUUCUCUGGCAGUAGAUCUAACGUGGCUCAUACACAGUGUUCUAAUGGACAGAAAUCCAAGAGACCCAGUUCACCUGGCCCCCAUCCUGUGAAAACAACCUGUGUAGAUGUACACUCUACAAAUCCCAGACUCACCCUCUGUCUUAGUAAUAGUCCCAAAAAGGGUGUUGACACACCCAACGAUGUUGAGAUGCUGAGUCCGGAGAGUCCCAUCUGUAAAACCGUGCUCAUCAACAGUAAGGAUCAUGGUGACAGUGCUUGUGCAGAGGACUCUAGAAUAGCAAAGGCUCAGGUAGAAGAAUCACAGUCGUUUGUCUACGACUCUGACUCUGGAUAUUCAGCCAAAGAAAGGACUCAUAUGGUUUCCAUGGGGACUGAGGAAGCAGAGUGCAGUAGCUCAUCUAAUAUAAGUAUUUCAUCCACAUUGCAAAGCAUGGACAAAAGAUGGUUUGGGACCCCCAUAGAUGAGCUGAACAGAAUGCCCCAGUGUGCCCCUCCAUUAUCUCACCUGAAAGCAAUGCCUAACCACACUGUCACAGUCAGGACAGAUCUCCUCAGAGAGGGAGAGGUUCCUGUCCCAUACCCUACCAAGUUCAAAGAUGCAUGGGAUGAUGUGUCGGUGAAGAUGCCCUGCUCUGAGAAGAACCUGUUUCCUAUGGAGACUGAGGAUGGAGGUGGUGUCCAGAGUCGUUGGGAUCUGAUCCACACUGCCUUGCAGAGAGGGUUCAAAAGUUCUCUGGAUGUGAGGGAUGCAAUAUUGAGGUACAACACUACACAUGCAAAGAAGUGGGACUUCACUGCCCUGAACCUUCUUUGCACAGAGUAUCUCGAGCACUGCGAGGUGCAACACCUGUUUGAGGUCAUUUUACCUGCUAUGGUUGACCUGGCACUCAGUGCUCCUCAUCUUUGCACUAUGCCAAUCCCCCUGCUGAAGUCAAGGAUGAACCAUUCCCUCACUCUGUCUCAGGAUCAAAUAGCCUGUCUUCUGGCCAACGCCUUCUUCUGCACAUUCCCCCGACGCAACUCCCGCAAGUCGGAGUACUGUAAUUAUCCUGAGAUCAAUUUUUACAGGUUAUUUGAAGGUUCAUCUCCGAGAAAAAUUGAGAAAUUGAAAACGCUGCUGUCUUACUUCAGGAGAGUUACACAGAGCAGGCCAAAGGGUCUUGUUACAUUCACAAGACAAACAUUGAACAAUCCACCAAACUGGGAAAGCUGUCAGACUCAGCUGACACGACUACAUAUCACUUGUGAGGGGACGAUUGAAGAUAAUGGAUACGGGAUGUUGCAGGUGGACUUUGCAAAUAGGUUUGUAGGUGGAGGUGUAACAGGACAUGGACUUGUCCAGGAAGAAAUCAGGUUCCUCAUCAACUCUGAACUCAUUGUCUCUCGUCUCUUUACCGAAGCUUUGGAACAUAAUGAAUGCCUCAUCAUCACAGGCACUGAACAGUACAGUAAAUAUUCUGGGUAUGCGGAGAGUUACAAAUGGAAGGACAACCACAAGGAUGAAACUCCCAGGGACGAGUGGCAGAGACGGUGCACAGAGAUUGUGGCCAUUGACGCUCUUAAAUACAGGCAUUUCUUAGAGCAGUUUCUCCCCGAGAAGAUGACCAGAGAGCUCAACAAGGCUUACUGCGGAUUUUCCAGAAAUAACGCCAACAGCAAGCACCUUUCUGCUGUGGCCACAGGCAACUGGGGCUGUGGAGCUUUUGGUGGAGAUACGCGACUAAAAGCACUGAUUCAGUUGAUGGCUGCAUCAGAGGCAGGGAGAGAUGUGGCUUAUUUCACAUUUGGAGAUGCCCAACUUAUGAGAGACGUCCAUGAAAUGCACACUUUCCUCACCAAGAGACAGGUCACAGUUGGACGGUUAUACAGGCUUUUGAACCAGUACUCGAGUGUGGUGUGUAAGAACUGCCGCACAACUCGACCCGAUGUCAGCCUCUACAGUUUUAUCUGCGAGAAGGUCUCUUCCACCGUGUCAGCCGACGCCUCGUACUCUGCCAAGAACUCUGGGAUGUCGCCUGAAACAUCGGACUUUCACUAACACGGGGGAAAGGUGCACCUUAACAUCCUCUCACCUGUCUUUCUGCGUAAUAGAGACUCCACGUUCAAAGACCUCAAUGUGCUCUCAGUCUUGUGCUUACAGUCACUUUUUCCUGUCUCUCUUACACACAUACACUCCCUUUAAGGUUGUGUGUCUCACACACAACCUAUAAAAACACACUUUUGCCUUUCUCACUGAUGGUGUCAAGGGAGCCUCGUAUUGCGCCACUCGACGUGGUGAGCCGUAUCAGAGACUUAUAGCAAUAGUAAAUCCUGGUUGCUGUUAGGCCUUUCUUUAGGCUCAAUGUGACGUGGAAUUUUUAUGUUUUUAAAUACUUACUAUAAAUAUGGCCAAAUAGUCAUCUCAUAUGCAUGUUUGUGGACACGUUUCACCAGUGGUAAUCCAGGAGAUGAUAAUCUUUCCUGGUUAUCGCGCCUUGUAUUGUGUUUGCUACAUUAUCUUGGUUGAAUUGUCUUAUUAAUAGGGGGUUUUACCGUACCCAGACUGUGGUGAGGUUCUUGAAUACACGAGAGAUGAAGAGAUGCCAUACUGUAGUCUAUGCAUGAGUAACAUUUAUUUAUCAAAUAUUCUAUAAAUAUAUGCUGCUCUUUUAUAUCCUCUAAGGAUGUCAAAGGUCAACACACAGUGCGGUCCUUAAGGUUUAUACUGAUUCAAACGAAAAUAAUCACUGAUAGGAGAAUUAUCUCAGAGGGUUGUUGUUGUCAUUGGUCGUAACUAAAUUAUUUUCUCAUAGUUUUUACACUCAUUGUGAAGCAUAGUAUUGAUACUGCAUUAAAAAUAAAGGGGAAGCAGAUAAAGACUGGAUUUCACACAAAGUAUUAUUUUUGUUAGUUUAACCUGUAUACUUGGAAAGAUUAUUAUUAUUAUUAUUAGUAGUAGUAGUAGUAGUAGUAUAUUAUGAUUAUUAUUAUUUCCUGACUGACAAUGGGUUCUGUUUGAUGGAUUUAUAUAGAGAUUAAAGGCUGUAAAUGUGUAACUUGGUACUGUACUUUAGGUUUUCAUUUAGGUUGUACAAUUUUUAUUGUUUCUUAAUUAAAAUAUGUACUGUCUAAAUAGUA